AUGCUAGUUGUCGCCAGCUACACCAUCGUCAUGCAGCGAAAAAAAUUUCGCGACGGACAAGCUUUGAGAAACAGGGAUUCUGAUGAGCAAAUAACGCGUGGCGUUCCCUUGGAGAUGGAAUUUCCGGUGCAAAGGAACCUACACCCCGCCAGAGAUUCUCAAGAAGCUGUGCAAUCCAUGUCUUCGGGGAUUGCCUCGACAGGGGGCCACGGCGGCCCCCUCCAUCAGUCUGAAAACGAGAGAAACAUCCCCCUUACCUCACGUACUCUCAACGAACCUUUCCAUCAUGAAGGGCGUAGAUCCUCAAUAACACCGCACCGCAUCUAUCCUGAGGCAUUGUACCAUGAUCCUGUUAUGGCCUAUUAUAUCUAUGAAAGCGCUGAUCCACAUCUUAGGAAUAUUGGACAUGAAUAUCAGGAUAAUCUUUUCCCUUUAACCUCAUUCGAUGAAAAAAGCAGGAUGAGCCGAGGGUCCUCGGAGAUCGUAUACGGUCAUGCCCGUUACUUGAGUAAUAGUGUUGUAUCCAAUAUCCCCUCGGAUGAGAUCAUUUACUAUCAUGGAGGAGGAAUACAAUGCGAUUGCACGGACUAUAAUACGGGUGAAAAGUCAGAUUCUAUGGUUUAA